UCAGCAAGAGAGACCAGCGGCAUCGAGCUCUGCUGAGCCUUUGCCGUGCGAAGAUGUGGAAGUUGAAGCCGCCCUUGGACACGCCACUUAGUCUCAAGUACAAGCACAUUCUGGAGCAAAGGAUUCCAAUUGAUCCUGCAACUUUGAUCAAUCUUAAAAGAUUAUCAGCUGAAGAGGAAUUUCCAAACCUGUCACGAAGUUGCACCAACAUGGCAAAGGUUCUUACGUUGCAAAUGUACAAGAGGCUGAGAGUCAAAGCUACCAAGAGUGGCUUCACAUUAGAUGAUAUCAUCCAGCCUGGUGUAGACAAUCCUGACAAUUUGUCCGGUAGAGCUGCAGGCUGUGUGGCUGGAGAUGAAGAAUCGUAUGAUGUUUUUAGAGAGUUCUUUGAUCCUCUCAUUGAGCUUUGUCACCCUGGCUACCAGCAAAUUAAAAUGCACAGGAGUGAUAUGAAUCCAGAAAACUUCAAGGGUGGAGCUGACUUUGACGAGCAGUAUGUACUGAGUUGCCGAAUCUGCACAGGACGCAAUGUGGAGGAUUACUCGUUCCCACCACACUGCAGCCGCGGCGAGAGGCGAGCAUUGGAAAAACUUGCCAUUCAGGCCCUCAUUGAGCUGAGUAGCGAGUUUAAUGGCACUUAUUACUCACUGAAUACCCUGGGUGAGGAAGAACAGAAGAGAUUAACCAGCGCUGGAAUACUUCACGAGGAUCCGUUGUCCCCACUGAUGGUCUCAUCUGGUAUGGCCAGAGAUUGGCCUGAUGCUCGUGGAGUCUGGCACAAUAAUGAUAAGAAUUUUAUUGUGUGGGUCAACAAAGAAGACCAUCUCCGCAUUAUUUCCAUGCAGCAGGGAGGAAAUAUGACCCAAGUUUUCCAACGCUACUGUUUUGGUCUUAAAAAGCUUGAAGAGAUAUAUCGGAAGAAAAGGCACCCCUUCAUCUUCAAAUACUAUCUGGGCUACGUGUUGACUUGUCCAUCUGAGCUUGGUACUGGUUUGCGAGCAAGUGUCCAUUUGAAGCUGGAUCACAUCAGCAAACAUCAGAAGUUUUCUGAGAUACUGCAAAGGUUACGUCUGGAGAGACACUUUAUCGGUGACACACAUACAUCUGCUGAAAAGAAUAUCUACAGUAUUUGCAAUUCAGACACAAUUGGUUUCACGGAAGUUGAGCUGCUGCAGAUGGUGGUUGAUGGCAUUAAACUGCUGAUUACUAUGGACAAAUGCAUUGAGCAGGGAGCAGUGGUCGAUGAUCUUAUUCCUGCUCAGAAGUAG